GUUUAACACAGUACUGUACUGUGGGGUGGGGGGGCAGUUGGUCUCUGCUGCCUAUUUUGCUGUCUCUGUGUUUAUACAGUGAAAUCGAUUUUUAUCGACAUUUAGUGAUAAAAAUCCAAUUCUUCCAAGCCUAAUUAAGCCUAACAGCUUUAAACCUAAUAGAGGCUAAAUCAUAAUAUACUGAUUGUCAUCUUGGGACAUGAAGUAAUGUUUAAUCCAUGGUGUGUUGUAAAUUUGGCAGGGAAAUUCUGGAUUCCUUCACUUUCCUUUGAAAUAAUCCAGUUUAGGCCAAUGCUGGAGGCAAGAUACUGGCCUACGUGGACCAUUGGACUAUUUCAAUAAGGAAAUUUCUGUGCUUCUAAAGAUCUGGACUCUACCUAGGACUGUGUAUGUCACUAUGGCUGUGUAUGUUGGUCACAGAAUAGAAGUCCCUGAUUCAGUUGGGUCCCCUUCCAACAUAACUUGGCACCCUCUUCAUCCACUUCUGGCUGUUGCUUCCAUUAGCCCAACAUCUGGAGGCAGUGUGGAUAUCUAUUUGGAACAGGGAGAGCAUGUGCCUAAUUCACACACUGAAAGGAGUUUUCGGGCCACAUCUCUUAGCUGGCACCCAUCCCAACUGAUCCUUGCAGUGGGCUGGGAGACAGGGGAAGUGGUGGUGCUUAACAAACAGGACAAAGAGCACCACACAGUACCCCCCAACCAUAAUGCCGAAAUUACUGUCCUAAACUGGAGUACUAAUGGUACCCGCCUUGUGUCUGGUGAUAGGCUUGGAGUCCUGGUUCUAUGGAGACUGGACCAGCGGGGUCGAGUGCAGGGCCCCCCUUUAUUGAAACAUGAGUAUGGGAAGUAUCUUUCUCACUGUAUCUUUCGGCCUCCAUCUCCUGGCGAGGACCUGGUACAGCUAGCCAAAGCAGCGGUGAGUGGUGAUGAGAAGGCCCUGGAUAUGUUUAACUGGAGAAAAGCUGGAAUCGGAGUGCCUCUGAAAGUGGGACCCCAGGAGGGGUUGUCCUUCUUCAUCAGUGUGACUGAUGGGUCUGUGCAUUACGUGAAUGAAAAAGGAAAGACAAGCCAUGCAUUGAGCACAAACAGUCCAAUCCAAAAGCUCCUGAUCAUGGAGAAGAGGGAUGUUUUGGUGGUAAUAACAGAGAACCUCCUGUUGUCCAUGUACACAGUCACUCUUGAGGGAGAAGCAGAGGAAAUCAUGAAGGUGAAGUUGAAUGGAAAGAUAGGUCAUUCUGCAGACAUUAUUUUAAUCGACCAUAGCCUCCUUGUUACAGCAAUAGGUGAAACAGUCCUCAGGUUCUGGGAUUUAGAGCGGAGUGAGAAUUAUGUGCUCUUUCCAGAUGUGCAGCUUGGCUUUGAAGCAGGGGAAUGUGUAAACUCUGUCUCUUACUGCACUGUUAAAGGUCUUCUAGCAGCUGGUACCAAUAAAGGGAGAAUAGCUAUGUGGAGGAAAGCAUCCGUGUCCAAUCAGAGCACACGGGCAUUGGAGGGCAAGGACAGAUGGAAGCUUCAGACCCCUACAGAACUGGAGGGGAAUAUCACUCAGAUAAAGUGGGGCUCCAGGAAAAACCUACUGGCAGUGAACAACAUGAACUCUGUGGUGAUCCUCAGCGAGCAGGCUAUGUCAUCUCAUUUCCACCAGCAGGUGGCAGUAGUGCAAGUGUCCCCAAAUCUGCUUAAUGUGACCUUCUUCGGUACAGGAGCCACGCACAGCCUCCGCGUUGAUAUGCACAUUACUGGAGUAUUUGCCACUAAGGAUGCUAUAGUAUUCUGGAAUGGGAAGCAAGUCACUGUCUUUGAAUGCUCAGGAGCCACGUUACGAAAUGCAGGCUCUUUCCUCUGUGAUUCUCCAGUGCUGGCUAUGCAUGAAGAAAGCAUUUACACAGUUGAGCCAAAUCGGGUUCAGGUCCGCACCUGGCAAGGUACUGUCAAACAGCUGCUGGUGUUCUCUGAAGCAGAGGGGAAUCCCUGCCUGUUGGAUGUCUGUGGGAAUUUCCUGGCUGUGGGAACGGACUUGGUUCACUUUAAAAUCUUUGAUCUCUCUCGCAGAGAGGCGAAAGUGCACUGCAGUAGUAAGAACUUGACUGAGCUCUUUCCUGGCCUGGGGGGCAUUGCAUCGGUUAAGUGCAAUGCUAAUGGCAACAAAGUCAGCAUCCUCGUCAACAAGGCUGAUGAGAGUCUUGAUUCUAAGAUCUGUUUCUAUGAUAUUGAAAUGGACACAGUCACACUCUUUGAUUUCAAGGCUGGACGAGGGGAUGGUGGAGCCGUGCCCUCCUACUCUGGACAAGAACCUGAAAAGAGUGUCACUGAGUAUCCAGAACUGCAAGAUCGCAUCCCUGUUAGCCACUUUUGGGACCAUGGUGAACCAAGACUUUUCGUAUGUGAAGCAGUCCUUGAACCAAGCCUGCAGUUUCCAGACAAGCAGCAGCGGCAGACAGAGAGCUCAGAAAGCACACCGGAUGUUUUGAUUAUAUCAUUCUUCAGUACUGAAGAGCAUGGCCUUUUGCUUCAGGACAGCUUCCCGUUGCCUUCAACCUACCAGGCUCUUCUGGGCAUCGAGGUGCCACAUUAUUACUUUGCAAAAAAGCCAGGAGAAGCCGAGAAAGAAGCACAAGUGGAAUCUGGCUCAGUACAACUCUCACAAAUGGUUGCCAAAAGGCCCAUGAGAGAUUUCAUUGGUCUGGAAGAGUGUGACAAAACUACCCGUGAAGCUAUGCUGAACUUCAGCUUCUAUCUAACAAUUGGGGACAUGGAUGAGGCCUUCAAAUCCAUCAAACUCAUCAAAAGUGAGGCAGUCUGGGAGAAUAUGGCUCGCAUGUGUGUGAAGACGCAGAGGCUGGAUGUUGCCAAAGUGUGCCUCGGAAACAUGGGUCAUGCCAGAGGAGCUAAGGCAUUAAGGGAGGCGGAACAAGAACCAGAGGUGGAAGCCAGAGUGGCCAUGUUGGCGAUUCAGCUGGGCAUGCUGGAAGAUGCAGAGCGGCUGUACAAGAAUUGCAAGCGCUACGACCUCCUGAACAUGUUCUACCAGGCUUCUGACCAGUGGCAGAAAGCUAUGGAAGUAGCUGAGACUCAUGAUCGGGUUCACCUGCGCACCACAUACUACAACUAUGCCAAACAUCUGGAGGCCACUGCAGAGUGCAAUCUUGCACUCAACUACUAUGAGAAAUCGGACACACAUAGGUUUGAGGUGCCCAGGAUGCUCUCUGAAGAUUUACAAGCCUUGGAGAUCUAUGUCAACAAGAUGAAAGAUAAGAGCUUGUGGAAAUGGUGGGCACAGUAUCUGGAGAGCCAGUCAGAUAUGGAAUCCGCACUAAGAUACUAUGAGUUAGCUCAGGAUUAUUUCUCCCUGGUCCGUGUUUACUGCUUUCAGGGCAACAUCCAGAAGGCUGCUGAAAUAGCGAAUGAAACAGGAAACUGGGCAGCAUCCUAUCACCUGGCCCGCCAGUACGAGAGCCAGGAUGAAAUCAAGCAGGCUGUGCACUUCUACACUAGGGCCCAGGCAUUUAACAAUGCCAUCCGCUUGUGUAAGGAGAACAAUCUAGAUGACCAGCUGAUGAAUCUGGCUCUGCUGAGUUCCCCAGAAGACAUGAUAGAGGCAGCCUGCUAUUAUGAAGAGAAGGGGGAACAAAUGGACAGAGCAGUCAUGUUGUACCACAAGGCAGGACACUUUUCCAAAGCACUAGAGCUGGCUUUUGCCACACAGCAGUUUGGUGCCCUCCAGCUGAUUGCCGAGGACCUGGAUGAGAAGUCAGACCCAGCCCUGCUGGCACGCUGCUCUGACUUCUUCAUUGAACACGCCCAGCACGAGAAGGCCGUGGAGUUGCUGCUAGCAGCCAAAAAGUACCAUGAAGCCCUGCAGCUUUGCUUGAAUCAGAACCUGACCAUCACAGAGGAGAUGGCCGAGAAGAUGACUGUCUCUAAGGACUCAAAGGAGCUCUCUGAAGAGUCUAGGAAAGAACUGCUGGAACAGGUUGCCGAUUGCUGCAUGCGGCAAGGCAAUUACCACAUGGCAACCAAGAAAUACACUCAAGCAGGAAACAAGCUGAAGGCAAUGAGAGCACUGCUGAAGUCUGGCGACACGGAGAAAAUAGUGUUUUUUGCAGGAGUCUCCAGACAGAGGGAGAUUUAUAUCAUGGCAGCCAACUACCUACAGUCACUGGAUUGGCGAAGGGACCCAGAGAUUAUGAAGAACAUCAUUAGCUUCUAUACCAAAGGAAAGGCCCUUGACCUCUUAGCUGGCUUUUAUGAUGCCUGUGCUCAGGUGGAGAUCGAUGAAUAUCAGAACUAUGAGAAAGCACAGGGAGCACUGACUGAGGCAUUCAAGUGCCUGUCAAAGGCAAAGACGAGAAGUCCUUUAGAACAGGAGAGCAAACUGGCACUUUUUCAAAGCAAGUUGGCUUUGGUCAAGCGAUUCAUCCAGGCUCGAAGAGUUUACUCUGAGGACCCAAAAGAGGCAAUCAGGCAGUGUGAGCUUCUCCUAGACGAGCCAGACCUUGACAGUACCAUCCGCCUAGGCGAUGUCUUGGGCUUUCUGGUUGAACAUUACUUACAGGUGGAGGAAUUCCAGAUGGCCUAUAGAUACUUGGAGGAGAUGCGGAAAAGAACUCCAUGUGUAAACCUGACCUACUAUGUGAAUGAACGGACCAUUGAGGCAGUUCACAGAGGGCUGGGCAUCCCCUGGAACCGGAACCCUGUCCCAGAACGAAUUCGCCACAACAGCAUGGAAGACAACAAGGAGGUGGAAGAGGAUGUAGCUGAUGAAGUCGAGGAUCCCUGAUGGCUUACUAUGUAAACUGGCAACAUUCACAUACAGCUGUGAGGAAGCCUGGCCAUUGCUACAGUCCCCAGCUACCUGGUCUAGGCUUGUUAAGGGCAGAAAGUCAAAUACUUCAGUAAUGCACAGCCUGAUGCUGUAGUCUGCUUGGGUCAUACCAAGAAGAUUCAUUUGUUAUGUAUAAGCAAAACUGUUAAAGCUCAAGCACCAAGUCAGUGCAGAGGGACAGGUUGGGCCUCAGACAGCUACUUUUUUUAUCUUACUUUUUUAAUGUUCAAAUUUAGAGAGACUUUUAAUACUUCAAUAAAUUUUUAAGGAAAAAAAUGAA